AUGUCGAGGUUUACUCUUGCUACACUUUGUAUCGAAGAUGAGCCUGUCGCAGCCAUCGGGGUUGUUGACAGUUUCUAUUUGCUUCCUGAUUCACUUCCUUCGCUGAUCAAGCAUACAACGGUCAAAGACAUUUUGGUAUCGUGGCCAGACACUUUCCCAAUACUAGAGCAAUUUGCCCAGAACAAUAGCAAGGGUCAGAAUGUGCCGGGUGGAAGCCAAGUUAACUCAGAUAAUGCCCAGCUUCUCACUCCCAUCAUGUACCCCAACAAGCGGGUGGCAGUUGGUGCAAAUUAUACAGGAGAUGGGUCUAAGUGCAGAAAAGUGUGCGAAAAUGCCGUUCUUCAUAAGACCUCCGACUACGAGUCUUGUCGGUCCAGGAAAGACUGUCAGAAUCCCAGGUCUACGAAACAAUUCGACUGGGAGUAUCUCUCAUGCAGGAACUUGAUUCCAGCUGGCAACGAGUUGCAAGUAGAUCUCAUGCGCGGAAAAGCACAAGACACCAUGGCACCAUGCGGGCCUUUCAUUGUACCAGCCAAGUUCCUGCCUGAUACAUCCGACUUACGCAUCCGACUGUCCGUCAACGAUAAGCCCAUGAUGGAUGCGUCUACUAGCGAAAUGCUGUACAAGUGUGACGAGCAGCUGAGCAUCAUCAGCAGUUACAUGACCCUCGAGCCGGGCGACAUUGUCUUUACAGGCUCCCCAUCAGGGUCAGCACAUGUACAUGGGGAUUGUUGGCUGAAGCCAGGCGAUCACAUCUUGGCGGAAAUCGAAGGGAUAGGACGGCUUGAUGUGACAAUGAUUGCGGACAACUAG